ACUUUUUCCAUCUUUUUCUGCUGAAAGGCAGAUUCCCAAGAUUCUCAGAGUCAACCUAAAGGCACUGGCCUGUGCCCAGUGGGAACCUGACUGGGUAGCUACUUCCACCUGGCCAGUUCCUGGGUUCCAACAAGUCAGGAGCCACAGGAAAUAGCUUCUAAGUACCUGUCUGUCUCAGAACACUUGUGCACAGAAAAGAGAAUCACCAGGAUCCAACCUGCCCUGGGUGCUGAAUGCAGCAGGAGAUAUAUAACUUUGCUCAGAGCCUGGCUGGCUAUUUUAUACUCGCAGGUGCCAAGCCUGUCUUCCCUAGAUGGGAGAGAAGAAAUACCUACAACUUUUUCGCAAGUACUGGCAGGAGAGGAGAGAGUUGCUUCUCUCAAAGGCAAAGAGAAUUGCCUGCCUGGGACAUAUUGUCUGGACACCUGUCCAGCACUGUCACAUCUGAGCUUAAUACUCUUCUCAGCCUGAAACUACUCAAAUCGCUAACACCAUUGUCAAGAACACCAGGCUGCAGGAUAAUUUUCGGACUUGGAAAGAUCCUUUGUAUCAUUGCUACUGCUUAAAGCUCUGGCAUAUGACGCCAGUGAUAUUCCUGUGACUUGCCAACUGGAAUCGCUAACCCUUGUUUCAAAGUCUUUUAUUUCUUUCACUGUAUACUGAUAGAGCAAACACUGCACUGCACAUCACCACUGUCUGUGUUUUGCUUUCCGAUUGAAGAAUAGGUGAAGUAGCUGCAACAGCACCUACAACAGCUUCGGGGAAAACACUAAAAAAGCCGAUGACGUCCAGAGGAAGAAAUGUAGGGGCGGGGCCGUGCCGGGAAGCGGCAGGGUCAUCACGGAGCCAAAGCCGGGGUAGGGGCAGCGGCUCAGCACGGCGGGCGCUGCAAACGCGCGGGACCCCGCGGAGCCAGAGCUAGGGGGGAAACGGAGGGCAGGGGGGACACGAGCCCGGGGGGAAACGGAGGGCAGGGGGAACACGAGCCCGGGCGGGGCGCGGCGGGGGGAGCCUGGUCUGCCCCUCCCGGCCCCCAGUCCCAGGGAGACGGCGUACAACCCUCUGAGUCACGGCGGGGGCGGUUCCGCCCGCUGAAAAUCGCGGUCCGAGGUGCUGACGGGCAGAGCGCUGCUCGGAAAUCCUGUCACUCUUUCUCUCCUCUCUCUCUCUCCUCUCCUCCGGCGCCGGCACAGACCGCUCCGCGGGUCCCAGUGGGUCGCGCCCGCGGCGAGGAGCCGCCGCCGCAGCCCGUGCUCGCCCAUGGCGGGGCCGCGGGACCCCGCGGAGCGCUGCUCCUGCCGCAACACCGACUGCCUGGAGCGGCCGCUGCGCCGGCUCUUCCAAGGGCUGGCGAGCGGCGUGGCCGCCUGCCCCUGGCCCUUCGUGCUGGUGCCGCUGCUGCUGUCGGGCGGGCUGGGUGCCGGCUUCAUCUUCCUGCCGCAGCUGCAGGCGAAUGACAUCGAGGGGCAGUUCACGCCGACGUGGGGCCCCGCCAAGGCCGAGCGCGACUUCGUGCGGCAGCACUUUCCCCCCAACGACUCGGAACGCUUCUCCGCCCCGCGGCUGCCCACCGAGGGCGCCUACGCCGCCCUCAUCGCCGUGGCGACCGACGGCACCUCGGUCCUGGAGCCGGCGGCGUGGGCAGAGGUGCUGCGGCUGAACGCGGCCGUGCACGACGCCGAGUACGAGCGGCUCUGCGCCCGCACCGCCGACGGCUGCGCCAGCCCCAACCCGCUGCUGCCGCGGCGGGGCGAUGCGGGACCGCCCGCCCCGGGGAGCCUCCGCUUCCCCGUCAAUGGCAGCGUCUUCCUGGGCACCGCGCUGGGCGGCGUGCAGACGGACGGCGGGCGGGUGCGCACGGCGCGGGCCCUGAAGCUGCUCUAUUACCUGCGGGAGGACGGCCCCGAGGCGCAGGACAGCCGCCAGUGGCUGCGGAGCUUCCUGCGGAACAUCUCCUCCAAGCUGGCGGAGUUGCGCCUCCGCUCCAUCCAGGUGACUUACUUUACCUCGCUGUCCAGACAACAAGAGUUUGAAGGAAAUACCAAGAGUGUGAUCCCGCUCUUUUCCAUAACAUAUUUCCUGACAAUCACCUUUGCAAUCGUCUCUUGCCUAAGACUGAGCUGUAUAAGAAAUAAUAUCUGGCUUGCAAGCUGUGGAGUGCUUUCUUCUGGCUUAGCUGUAUUAAGCAGCUUUGGAUUGAUGCUUUUCUGUGGAGUGCCAUUUGUGGUCACUGUAGCAAAUGCACCAUUCCUGAUUCUGGGGGUUGGUGUUGAUGACAUGUUCAUCAUGAUUGCUUCCUGGGAACAAAGUUCAAGGAAAAAAGAUAAAUCCAAUGUUAAAUCUCUGCUGGCUGAGACUUAUGCAGAGGCAGCACUUUCUGUGACCAUCACCACUCUGACAGAUGUUUUGGCCUUCUUCAUUGGCACCUGGACUGCUUUUCCAUCCGUGAGGUCUUUUUGCCUCUACACAGGCACAGCCUUUGUCUUCUGCUAUGUAUAUACCCUGACCUUCUUUGGGGCAGUUCUGGUAUUAAAUCACAAAAGGGAGCAAGGGAACCGACACUGGCUGACUUGUAUGCGUGUGGAUGUAGGUAAAGAUCCGGCUGAGAACUCCUGCUUGUACAAUGCUUGCUGUAUCGGCAGCGGUUCUGGGCAGCCAUCUGAGCCAGAAGGCGAGCAUCCAAUGAGCAUAUUCUUUAAAAAGUAUUAUGGCCCUUUUGUUACAAAUAGAUGGAUCAAGCUGCUCAUGGUGUUGCUGUAUGGAGCGUAUUUGGGUGGCAGCAUUUACGGGUGUACUCAGAUCAGGGAAGGCAUUGAUCUCCGAAAUCUGGCAAAUGAUGACUCCUACGUUAUUCCAUACUAUGAUGAUGAUGAGAAAUACUUCUCCACAUAUGGACCCAGGGUCAUGGUUGUCAUUACUGAGAGUGUAGAUUACUGGAAUGAGUCCGUGCAUCGUGGCAUUGAGAGUUGUGUACAGAAUUUAGAGAACAUUUCCUAUGUAGAUAGGAAAGUCUCAGAGUCAUGGCUGAGAGUGUACACAGAACUUGCCAAAGGAGGUUUGAUAAAUAUAAACAAUAAGACUGACUUUUUAAACAGAUUAACUAUAUUGUUCAAGAUUCUUCCCAGUUUUGAGUGGGACAUAAACAUGACUCAGGAUGGAAUAGAAGCUUCACGUUUCUUUAUCCAGACGGUGAACGUGACAUCAGCCGUGGAUGAGAAGAAUCUCCUCAAUCAGUUAAGAGAGGCAGCCAAGCAGUGCAGCAUUCCACUGCAGGUGUAUCAUCCAGCCUUCAUCUACUACGACCAGUACCUGGUAAUAGUGCAGAACACGGUUCAGAACAUCGUCAUUGCUGCCGGGGCGAUGCUCGUUGUCUCCCUUCUGCUCAUUCCCAACCCGCUGUGCUGCUUGUGGGUGACUUUUGCCAUAGCCUCUGUUAUAGUUGGCGUUGCUGGUUUCAUGACAUUCUGGAGCGUCAAUCUCGAUUCCAUAUCCAUGAUCAACCUGGUCAUUUGCAUUGGGUUUUCAGUAGAUUUUUCUGCUCAUAUUUCCUAUGCCUUUGUUACGAGUGGAGCGUCAUCAGCCAAUAAAAGGGCAACUGAAGCUCUGUCCCUGUUGGGUUACCCAGUACUACAGGGUGCAGUUUCUACGAUACUAGGAGUAGUUGUCCUGGCUGCAGCAAAUACCUACAUCUUCAGGACAUUCUUCAAGAUCAUGUUUCUUGUUAUUUUGUUUGGGGCUCUUCAUGGACUUGUUUUUAUUCCAGUGUUUUUAACAUUUUUUGGAAACUUUGGCAGAUCACCCAGUACCAGAGCUAAAAAACUUGAGCUUGAGAAAUUAUAAAGGUUGUUUGUGACUAAGUUUAAUGUUUUUUAAUUUUUAAUUUAUAAUUUAAAUAUUUUUUAUUUAUUAUAUGAAGAUUCAAUUGUAAUGACUGUCAGGGAGUAUAAGACAUUAAGAAAAUGAAAGAAAAAUAAUAAACACAACAGGGAAGUAAAGACUUCAGAAAAGCCAGGCAAGAAAAAUAACAGAAGAAAUUAAAACUUCGAGAUUGCAUUUUCAUUUCUCAUUUUUGUGUCAAUAUCUUAAUGUUAAAUGUUUGGGGUUUUUUGUGUUUACUGACUGUAUUAAAGUUAUUAUAAACACUGA